AAAUGUGAAUGUGAAAGUGUUUAGAAGGACUUCGGAGUGACCAGUGUUUCCCUUAAGACGCGGUGUGCAGCCAGAAGGAAAGAUGGCGGGUAGACAAGGAGACCUGACGGAGUACAAGAAGAGUCAGAUAAAGCGCUACCUGGAGAGUGGCAUCAUAAUGACUGUGUACAGACAGAAGAUGGAGCGUCUCAGUGUACAGAUUAUUAUGGAGACCAGACAGGUGGCAUGGACACGCGUAGCUGGCAAGACAGACGGAGUGUUGGACAUUUCUGAGAUCCGAGAGGUACGAGCAGGAAAGAACUCCAAGGACUUCGAGAGAUUUAAGGACAACAAGGACAAGCAUUCUGAAAACAUGUGUUUUACCAUCUUCUACGGCUCUCAGUUCGUUCUUAACACUCUGAGCCUGGGGGCGGAUUCAGUCGAUGAUGCCGAAAAAUGGCUGCAGGGACUUGAGUUACUCAGACAAGAGACACUGCAGGCCUCUACACCAGAGAUCAUAGAGAGUUGGCUGCGGAAGCAGAUGUACUCUGUUGAUCAGACAAAGAAAAACAGCAUCACUCUAAAGGAGGUCAAAUGUUUGCUGAAUCAGAUCAACUUUAAAUUACCAGGAGGAAAAUAUUUGAAGGAAAAAUUUACGGCUGUUGGAGAAAAGAAGGAUGUUCUUCACUUUGAGCAGUUUCACAAGUUCUACAAUGAGCUUAUGUUUGAAAACCAGAAAUCAAUUCUGGAUGAGUUUAAAAAUGAAUCCUGUGCCUUUAUCAUGGGUAAAACAGACAGAACUGAUUCUUCUGCAGUUCUGUUAAACGACUUCCAGCGAUUCCUUGUUUAUCAACAGAAAGAGGCCUGGGCUAACAACAUAAUCCAAGUACGAGAGCUGAUGACCACUUUUAUCGAUGACAACAUGAGAAGAACCAAUGAUCCAGAGUUUACAGUUGGGGAGUUUUUGACCUUUUUGUUUUCUAAAGAGAAUUCAAUUUGGGAUGAGAAGUACUCAGAGUUGUCCAACCUGAACAUGAACAACCCUGUUUCUCAUUACUGGAUCAACUCGUCUCACAACACUUAUUUGACUGGUGACCAGCUGCGCAGCGAGUCGUCUACAGAAGCGUAUGUACGCUGUCUGAGACUGGGCUGCCGCUGCAUUGAGCUGGACUGCUGGAAUGGACCAGACGAGGCUAUUAUUUACCAUGGAUGGACCAGAACAACCAAGAUUAAGUUUAGAGACGUGGUCAAGGCCAUAAAUGACCAUGCCUUCGUAACAUCAGAGUACCCAGUCGUGCUGUCCAUAGAGGAACAUUGUGAUGUGAAGCAGCAGAAGUUUAUGGCCCAGUUCUUCAGAGAUACCUUCCAAGAUAAACUGCUGUACGAACCUGUGGAACUGGAUGCAGAACAGCUGCCCACACCCAAUCAGCUCAAGGGCAAGAUUAUAAUCAAGCAUAAAAAGCUAAAUAUUGGUGAAAGCUUUGACAGGAAAAACCUCUCCAGAGGAGAAAAGCAGGGAGAGCUUUACAUCUGGGACCCUAUAGAUGAGAGAUGGUAUAAGCACUACUGUGUGGUUUCCAAAAACAAAUUGUACUAUGCAGAGGAGAAUGAGCAGGAAGAUGAAAUUGGAAAGCCUGCUUGCGGUGUAGACCUACACCAGUCGGAGUCCUGGUUUCACGGGCGUCUGGCAGAGGGCAGGCAAAGUGCUGAAAGGCUACUUCAGGAGUACUGCGCUGAGUCUGGGGGCAAAGAUGGCACUUUUCUGGUGCGAGAGAGUGACACCUAUGUUACUGACUGCACACUCUCAUUCUGGCGCAGUGGGAGAGUCCAGCACUGCCGGAUCCGCUCGGCCUCAGACAUGGGUCACACCGUGUUCUUCCUGACAGAGAACCUUCACUUCCCCAGCAUCUACGCUCUGAUCCAGCACUACAGGGAAAACCCACUCCGCUGCAACGACUUCAAUCUGCGCCUCACUGACUUCGUGCCCCGGCCCAACCAGCACCUUCAAGAAGGGUGGUUUUACAGUAACUUGAGUCGCGGUGAAGCAGAAGAAUAUCUGCUGAGGAUUCCUCGAGAUGGAGCUUUCCUUAUUAGACAGAGAGAUGAGUCUGACACUUACGCCAUCACAUUUAGAGGUGAAGGCAUGGUCAGGCACUGUCGCAUUCACAAUGAGGGCAACCUGUAUGUGUUGGGUUCUUCUUCUGAGUUUGAAAGUUUGGUGGAGCUGGUCAACUAUUUCCGCAAGACUCCUCUGUACCGUAAGACCAAACUGCGCUAUCCUGUCACACCAGAGCUAAUGAAUCGCUUUUAUCAGGUGGACACAACAGCUGCAAUUUAUGCCACACAGUACGUGGAGCCCAAUCAAAUCGAACCGACUCUGCCUCCGAGCACAGUGAAAGCCCUGUACGAUUACCGUGCUAUGCGGACGGAUGAGCUCAGCUUUUGCAAAGGUGGCCUGAUCCACAAUGUGACCAAAGAGAGCAGCGGAUGGUGGAAAGGCGAUUAUGGUGGGAAAGUGCAGCUCUAUUUCCCAUCCAAUUACGUCGAGGAAGUUGCUAACUCUGCUAGCUCUGAGCUGAAAGACCUGACUGAUGAUGAUAAUCCGCUGGGUGACUUGUGUAAAGGUGUGGUGGACAUUUCUAAGUGCACAGUUGUGCGUUCAGCUAAACACGGCAAGUCUGUGGUGGUGACGCUGCAGCAUAAGGAAGAGAAUACCAUGCCAUUUGAUUUGGCUACAGAAACCACAGAGGAGUUAUAUGAGUGGUACCAGGUGGCUUGGGAUAUCACCCAGAGAGAGGGCAACCGCGUCUUAGAGCAAAAGCGGCAGGAAGAGGUGGAGACCAGAGACGAGGUGGCUAAAGAAAUGUCAGACCUGGUGGUGUACUGCCAGCCACGCAGCAAAGACAAGGACAGAUUUGACAAUUACAACUACAAAGAGGUCCGAUCCUUCGUGGAGAAUAAAGUUCCCAGCAAAAACAAAACGAACGACUUUCUGAUGUACAAUCGCAAGGCACUGAGUCGCAUCUACCCCAAGGGCCAACGGGUGGAUUCAUCCAACUACGACCCUUUCCCCCUGUGGAUCUGCGGCUGCCAAAUGGUGGCGCUUAAUUUCCAAACUGCUGAUAAGUGUACUCAGCUGAACAGUGCUCUCUUCAGUCUGAACGGGGGAUCAGGGUUUGUGCUUCAGCCUGAGCUUAUGCGCUCAGACAGCUAUGAUCCUCAGCUGGACAAGAAAACAGUCAAAUUCACCCUGUCUGUCAGGGUGUUAGGUGCUAGACAUCUACCUAAGCCAGGUCGCAGUAUCGCCAGCCCUUUUGUGGAGAUUGAGCUGUGUGGCCAGACUGAUGACAGUUCCAAAUUCAAGACCACCGUCUGUCACGAUAAUGGACUUAACCCGGUGUGGCUCGGGCCUCACAGACAAGACGCAGAAACGGUCACCUUCACCGUGUAUGAACCAGAGCUGAGCUUCCUGCGCUUUGUGGUGUUUGAAGAGGACAUGUUCUCAGACCCCAAUUUUCUUGCUCAGGCUACAUUUCCAGUAAAAGGGGUUCGAUCAGGAUAUCGGUCAGUUCCUCUGAAAAACGGCUACAGUGAGAACCUGGAGCUUGCUACUCUUCUGGUGUGUGUCGACAUUCAGCAAGUAGAAAAAGCAGAAGAAGAGUUAUACUCAUCCUCUAGCCAGUUGCGAAAAAGGCAGGCAGAGCUGUGCAAUGAGCUCUUCCUAUACGACACACACUCCAGCAUUCAGCACGCGGCAGCAACGAGCCGCCACGAUGACCUCAUGCAGGAGUUCAGACACAAUGAGAAGCAGCUGGAGAGUAAUGACGAAGCAUGCAAAGAGAAGAUACAGGAGAAGAAAAUUAACAACAGCAGGUUCCACUAGUGAUGGAUCGUCGUACUCAUUCUCAACCCUCUCCAGCCUACAAACAUUUCUUUGCUUGGUUCGGAACUUUGCUGCCGAUAGUCAAGCAGAUCAGAUGAAGGCAGAAAGUUGCGGCGGAUCGUCGGUGUCCUCGGCAGAUAAACGAACCAUGAAUGAACCAUGUUAAAUUAAAAUGCUUUUGUUUGUUUUCAGUGUCACCCAA